GCUUCACGCAAAUAUUGACCAUACAAUUGGUACUCGUGGAUUCCAAGUUAUCUAACAAUCAAUCGUUGUUUAUAAUCGUCAAAAGUACAGUUAAGAAGCGCUGAAAGGUCCCCUUCCCAAAAAACUUUAAUAUUUCAAACAUGGCCAAGCUGGACGAAAGAAUCGGCUUCAUCGGAGGCGGAAACAUGGCAUUUGCCAUUGGAUCCGGGCUAGUGCGUUGUGGGAUUGUUAAGCCCAGCCAAGUGCUGGCAUCUGGACCGCACAUCGAGAAUCUUCAGCGCUGGCGGGACCUGGGAGCCACCACCAGUGAUGAUAAUUGCGAAGUAUUGGAGCACACAGACAUUGUCUUUAUUUGUGUGAAGCCCCAUAUGCUCGGUCCAUGCACCAGCCAGCUCAAGCUCAAGCAUGUUCCCUCGGCCAAAGAUGCCAAUAAGCUCAUUGUCUCCGUGUUGGCCGGUACCAGUCUUCAAACUUUGGAGGAGAAGUUUGGCUUCAUGGAGAACUCUGGUCUGAAAAUAAUCCGUACCAUGCCCAACACAUCCAUGCAGGUGGGCGAAGGCUGCACAGUCUAUACAGGCAACUCGCGAGUGUCGCACCAUGAUCUGGAGAAAGUACACCUCAUGCUCAACGCCCUUGGUCUCGCCCAGCAAGUUCCAGAGACGAUGAUUGACGCCUGCACAGGUGUAGCGGGAUGUGGUCCAGCCUUUGUUUAUACCAUUAUUGAAGCUCUGGCAGACGGAGGCGUCAAGCAGGGUGUUCCCCGUCAAAUGGCCAUCCAGUUCGCUGCCCAAACAUUGCUGGGAGCAGCCAAGACUGUGCUGCUCACUGGCAAGCAUCCGGCGGUGCUACGCGAUGAAGUUUGCUCUCCUGGCGGUGCUACCAUUGUGGGAGUUCACGAGCUGGAAAAGGGAAACCUAAGGUCCACGCUCAUAAACGCCGUGGAAAAGUCCUCGCAGCGGUCGGCUGAACUAGGAAAGAAAUAAGUCUAUGUUUUGUGUCUGAUACCCAACUUUUGCUCUCUGGUGUUGAUAUUACAAAUACGGUGUUGAUAUUAAAAUUAAAAAUAAUUUACAAAUGAA